GAAUUGCACUAAUCGUCUAGUCUUGUCUAUUCAGCCUGGUCAGGAAAUCCAAUCGAGCACAGUGAACGUGAAGCUAGCAGGAAAAAAAGGAGCGCGGCGAGAAAAUGACGUUGGCCAAAUUACUUACUCCAGCUAUCCUUGUCACUAGAGCUGGAUCCAGGACUGUAUUUACAAGCUCCAAGCGGGACACGACUUCUCCCAACUGGUUACGAGUGGGUCUUGCCUUUGGAUCUUCGAUUUUCCUGUGGAGCCUGCUCUUCAAACAGCAUAGUACAGAUGUCCACGAGUAUAAAGUGAGGAACAAUCUACAGUAAAAUCUGCACGUGGGGCCACGUCCUCCAGGAUGCAUCUGUUGUUUUUUCCUCCUGAUUUGUCACGCUGAAUUCUGUAAUAAAUAUAUGACGAAGGAUGAUGGAAAAACUCCAAA